AUGGUUCUGGGCUGGCGCAUGGCGCCGAUGGGGUUGCCGCCGAGCGACUCGGGGUUGGACGGCACGCCGGCGGCGUUGAAGGUGCCCGGGAACCUGGUGAAGUUGUGGGCACGCAGCAUGGCCGGGUACAUGGAGCCCCAGUUCCAGCCCGGGUUCCCGAGCUCCUCCCAGGCGUCGUACUCCUGGACGCUGCCGUGGUCCCACACCAUCAGGUUUAGGGCCGAACUGCCCCCGAGGAUGCGGCCCCGGGGGUGGGUGAUCUUGCGGCCGCCGAGCUCUGCCUGUUCGACCGAGGUGAGGUUCCAGUCGAACCGGCCGCCCCAGGAGCGGCCUCCGAACCCGGGGAUGUUGAUCGUGUCGUCCGGUUCGGCGGGCCCAGCUUCCAGAAGCAAGAUUGACGCGCUCGGGAGACCCUGGCUUAGGCGCGUGGCUAGGGCCGCGCCCGCUGUUCCGCCGCCGACAAUGAUCUACGUGCCAUGA